GCUUUCGAAGCCAAGCCAGCCCAGACGGCACCCUGGAGCCUCCCGCGCUGAGGGUCCGCGCCGAGCCGAGGGUGGGAGGCGCCGACGCCGACUUGACAGCGCGUCCCAGCACCAAGGGCUUGCUCGCUCUCGCUCUCAGGAAAAACUGAGGGAACAAGCUUGGUUCCCGGAGCCAGCGGGGACUGUGGAGACACAGCUAGAAUCCUCAACAGCUUGGAAAUCCUAUCACCUUGGUUCCCUGAAACUUGCAGGAGGAGCUGACAGCUGGCUGACAAAAAAUUCAUCCAGGGAGAGAAAAGACAUAAGUGAAGUCUGAAAUUUUGAAUAACGUUUUCAGACAGUUCUCCAGUACUCAGGAGAGUACUGGAGAGGGAGUAUGCCUACAUCCACAAGACAGAUUCACUAGCUGCCACUAGCUAGUGGUGCCACUGCCCAGCUUCUUCAGAGAGCCCUGGAGCCCACAGCACCCUCCCUUCCCACAGGACCACAGUGGGACAGUGGCCUCAAGCAGCCCAGCUGGAAGUACAUGGCCAGCUCCCCUUCUUUUCUCAGAACCUUCUGAUACCAACCUUGGUUUUGAUUCUGACUUUUGAAGAUGGAUGAAGGUAUAGAAAUUUCAAGUGAUGGAAAUUCCCUGAUCAAAGCAGUCCAUCAGAGCCGGCUUCGCCUCACAAGACUCUUGCUAGAAGGUGGUGCAUACAUUAAUGAGAGCAAUGACCGUGGGGAAACACCUUUAAUGAUCGCUUGUAAGACCAAACAUGUUGAUCACCAGAGUGUCAGUAAAGCCAAAAUGGUUAAAUACCUGUUAGAAAACAAUGCUGACCCCAACAUACAGGACAAAUCUGGGAAAACUGCUUUGAUGCAUGCUUGCUUAGAAAAAGCUGGUCCUGAAGUUGUUUCCCUGCUCCUAAACAGUGGGGCUGAUCUCAGCUUGCAAGAUCAUUCUAGUUACUCAGCCCUUGUUUAUGCUAUAAAUUCAGAGGAUAGAGAGACCCUGAAAGUUCUACUUAGUGCUUGCAAGGCAAAAGGGAAAGAGGUCAUUAUUAUAACGACAGCAAAAUCACCCUCCGGUAGGCACACUACCAAACAGUACUUAAAUAUGCCUCCUGUAGAUAUGGAUGGGUGUCAUUCCCCAGCCUCCUGUGCCACUCCUUCAGAAAUAGACAUAAAAACAGCUUCGUUGCCACUUACACAUUCUUCUGAAACUGAAAUGACACUUUUUGGCUUUAAAGGUCUGGAGCCCUCAGGAAAUAGUGAUGACACACAGGACCCAGGCUCCCCCGUGAGGAAGCCUUCUAUGGCCUCUAAUGGGCCCAAGCUACCCCAGGCUCCAACCUGGAUCAAGAGUCCUCCCUUAUUCAUGCACCAAAACAGAGUGGCCUCCUUGCAAGAGGAGCUCCAGGAUAUUACUCCAGAGGAAGAAUUGUCCUACAAAACCAAUGGGCUGGCACUUUCCAAGCGAUUCAUCACUAGGCACCAAAGUAUUGAUGUAAAAGACACUGCACAUUUGCUGAGAGCCUUAGAUCAGGCCAGCUCAAGAAAGAUGUCAUAUGAUGAAAUAAAUUAUCAAUCAUUUUUUUCAGAAGGAAAUCAGCAAUGCAUUGAAAUCCCUGCUGAGCCAGAUCCAGACUCUAACCAGACGAUAUUUGCUUCCACCUUAAGAAGUAUAGUCCAAAAAAGAAACUCAGGGGCAAAUCACUACAGCUCUGAUUCCCAGCUCUCGGCUGGUCUUACCCCUGCAACUUUAGAAGAUGGCAAAGCACUUAUAGGAAAGAAAAAGAUCCUCUCACCGUCUCCUUCCCUGUUGUCAGGGCCCAAAGAAUUGUUGGAGAAUAUCUCACCAGGUCCCUUGAGCAGGAGAAAUCAUGCAAUUUUAGAAAGGCGUGGUUCAGGAGCUUUCCCUUUAGAUCACGGUAUCACGCAAGCCAGACCAGGAUUUCUGCCACCCUUAAAUGUGAAUCCGCAUCCCCCCAUCUCUGAUAUCAAUGUCAAUAAUAAGAUUUCCAGCCUCCUUUCUUGUGGUCACAAAGUGCUAAUGCCAACAGUUCCUAUGUUCCCCAAAGAAUUCAAAAGUAAAAAAAUGUUGUUAAGGAGACAAUCAUUGCAAACAGAACAAAUUAAGCAAUUAGUAAAUUUUUAAGAGAUGACUAGAAAGCACAUUUUGUCCAAAUGUCUACAUCAGAGAAAUAUAGAACCAGAAAAUAAAUCUCAAAUGUUCAUCUUUUAAAAUCUUAUAAUUGGUUAGUCAAUAAUUGUUAGAGGUAUCAAAAUAUACUGUGUAUCAUAUUAGGUACCGUGGACACACAAAUAAUACAUAGUUUCUGCUAAGGAAAUUCUCUCAAACAAAAUUAAAGCGAUACUUCUCAAAACCUCUAAUAUUUAACAAUCUUCAUAUGGUCCAAGUUUUUAAUUUAAGCAAAAAUCAGCAAAAAAAAAAAAAAAAAAAAAAAGUCAC